AUGCUUCGUGCCUCUCGUCAAAUCCUGCGCCAUGCGUCAAAACGCGCCAUGAACGCACGCUCAAUACCAGCAUCAGUACGGUAUCAAUCAACGGAAACGGCGAAGACGUCUGGAACACGUCUUCUCGCGUCGCUGGCCACGGCGAGUCUCAUUGGCGGGACGAUUGGCUUCUACGCGGCAGACGCAGUCACAUCCAACGCGCCAAGAUCCGCGCAGAGGAACUACGAAAAGCCCAAGUAUGGUGGCCCGAACGAGGUAGCGGCCGCGAAGCAGGAACUUUUGCAACUCUUCCCUUCUAAGGACGGCAAGGAACGCGUAACCGAUGACAAGCACAAACUAGAAGCCUAUGGAUUUUCCCCGAACUCCUAUCACGAGGAACACUUGCACUCGCUCGUGGUCAAGGUACUUUCAACAGAGGAUGUCGUCAAGGUCGUCAAUGUUGCACGCAAGUAUCGCAUACCUGUCAUUGCUUUUACUGGAGGAACCUCACUGGAGGGACAUUACAGUGGGUACCAAGGAAACCCAGGCGGCAUUUGCAUCGACUUAUCGGGCAUGAAUAAGAUUUUGGAGAUUCACGAGGCCGACUCGGACGUUGUCGUCCAAGCUGGAGUCAAAUGGGAGGAUUUGAAUCAUGCGCUAGAAGAAAAAGGCAUUCCACUGUUUUUCCCGCUAGACCCCGGCCCAGGCGCGUCGAUUAGUGGAAUGAUGUCUACCGGAUGCUCGGGAACAAAUGCCGUUCGUUAUGGUACUGCAAAAGCUGAAUGGUUCCUGAACGCGACUGUUGUGCUGCCUAAUGGAGAGGUCAUCAAGACAAGGCGUCGAGCUAGAAAGUCAUCCGCUGGGUUUGACACUACAAAGCUCUUCAUUGGAGCUGAAGGAACACUGGGCAUUAUUACAGAAGCCACUCUGAGACUGACACCGAAAUUACCCACAUCGGUUGCUGUCGCUCAGUUCAACGAUGUGUCUUCUGCGGUUUCCGCAGUUACUGAGGUUCUUCAGUCACCUAUGGGUGCACACGUCCAAUGUAUCGAACUUUUGGACAAUCACAUGAUGGAGGCUAUCAACCACGCGGGCCUUUCGGGCCACACUUAUCCAGUCAAGGACAGCCUAUUCUUCAAGUUUCAGGGCUCUCCCUUAGCUAUCAAGGAGACGAGCAAAAUUGUCCAAGAUAUUGUCAAGAAGCAUGGAAGCAAAGAUUUUAAAGCAGCCAAGAACUCAGAAGAAGCGGAAGAGCUGUGGAAUCAUCGCAAGGUUGCCCUUUGGUCCUCUCUGAGUUGGCUCGACGACGCAGAUACUCGGAUAUGGACGACUGAUGUGUGUGUCCCACCAAGCAGACUCCCCGAGCUUGUAGGUGAGACAAAGAAGGACUUAGAGGCACAUAACAUCAAGAGUACAAUCGUUGGGCAUGUAGGAGACGGCAACUUCCACGCGUUCCUUCUCUUCCGAAAUGAUGAGGAGCUCGAGCGAGUCAAAGGAGCUGUUCAUCGUAUGGUUCAUAGAGCGAUUUCGCUGGACGGAACAUGUACAGGAGAGCAUGGGGUAGGCGUUGGCAAGAAAGAGUAUCUCGUCGAAGAGCUGGGAGAAGGUACAGUCGAGUUAAUGCGCUCGAUAAAACGGGCUGUGGAUCCGCUCAAUCUGUUCAAUCCGGGCAAGCUUUAUCCGGACAAGGAGAAUAAAUAG